AUGAAUGAAAGCCAGCUUGCCGAAGAAACGGCGGCUACUUCCCGCCCGAAUUCGCCUGCCUCAAGUGUCAAUUCCAACGAUCGCCUCAACCACGACGAAGAAAAUGACUCCAAUGAAGAUACAGCGCCACGGACAACACUUCCGGCUACGAUAGCUCCGGAGGCAGCAACUGAAACAUCUUUCCCCUCUCCUGAUAUCGAUAAGAGCCAUAAACAAAAACCAAACACGAAAAGGCCAAUAUCGGCACGGAUUUCGGACUGGUUCAUCUGGGAAAUUUUGGCUAUGAUUUUUUCCAUGUGCCUAUUGAUCGCCAUUAUUGUUGUCUUGGCGCAUUUCAACCACCGUGCCCAGCCUACCUGGAAAUAUGUCUCGCUAAACUCCAUUGUUUCUUGGCUGAGCACUCUUUCUAAAGGAUGUGUUCUGUUCACUAUUAAGCUUGUUGUUGAUGAGUCGCAAUCGGCGACUGUAGGGAAUACCUCCUUCUUUAAUUCUAUUGGUUUGAGUGGCAUGGGGGAUGAUCUUGUGGAUCCGACAUUGAAGGCAAACGUCUAUAAUGCACUGUUCAGUAAUGUCAAGUCGAAGCCGUGGUCAAUUCCAAAUUAUACCUGUACCACUGGAAAUUAUCAGCUGAACACAACUUGUCAAACCACUCAUGCCUGGCCCUACGAAGAUGGGUCAAAUAAUUGCUCACUCACUCUUCCAGGUGGAGGAAAUGAGGCAUAUUACAUAUCUGGUUCGCCGGAAGGUCAUCCACUUGCGAUGGGCGAAAUACUUUUGCCAUCAUCCAAUGACCCGUACCAUCUAUUGCCCUAUAUCCAGCUUAUUGCUCCAGAUGGGCUUUUCAAUGGUUCGCCACAUACAACGCGCACCAAAUACCAAGCGAUGAAAUGCAACCUAUCUCCCAUAGUACGCAGCCUUCGUGCCCAGGUUAUACGCGGCGUAUAUCAUGAAACUACCCUCGAUACGUGGACAAAUUAUACCCGCGAAUCAAAGGGUCUUCUCUAUCCUCCGUGGGGACCUGAGAAGGGAAUGCAGUACAAUCAAAGUUUUGGGAUCUCAGACGAUUCUCUCAUCACAUUUGCAGAAUUUAUUGUGGAACUCUUCACUGGUUACGUACAAGCGGAUCAUGAAGGUUUAUACGGGUUUGGAUACGGCGGUAUAGGCACCACAAAUUACGCGAGCAUUGAUUGUAUCGAGGCUAUAGCGUUUGGAAACAUCACUGGCUGUGAAGUCAACAACGCGUCAAAACUUGAAUGUGCCAUGAGCAACGUCGCUGCAGCUAUGUCAAAAACUUUUCGGGACUCAGCAUACGCAGACGAUGAGUCUGCGCUUUCUCCCCUCUCAGGGAAUAAUGCAACUAAUGGACAGGCAUUUUCAAGCGUCACUCACAUUGCAGUGCAUUGGCAAUGGAUUAUUUCUCCAAUGCUAGUGUGGGUACUAGGACUUAUUAGCUUGAUAGGUGCCGUGAGCAAGAGUCGGAAGGCAAGUAUCCCGAGAUGGAAAAAUGAUCCCAUACCGCUGCUUUUCCUAUGCGAAAACAUUCACAGCGACCAUGUGACAGGCAAUGAAAAAGCAGAGAACAGCCCAGAUGUAAGAUUGUGCAUCGAAGGAGAUCAAAUGAUGCUAAGACGAGAAUUCAAUGCUUAA